AUGUUGACGUCACGACAGUCAUCCUUCCCUCAACACCAGAUGAUGCAGCAACCGCCCCAGGGACAAUUUGAUGCUCAGUAUCAUCCACAGCAGCAGCAACACUUGCCGCAACCUUCACAGCAUUUGAUCUCGUCACUGCAGCAUUGCGUGUCGUCGACAGCGAGCUGUGUCCAAACUAUGAAGGAAGCGAUCGACACGCUUGACUUUGCGAUCCAAGAUCAUCCACGAUUGAUGACCGUACUCAAAUCGCAGCGACACUUUGACCUGGUAUCGCAACGAGACAUCGAAAAAGCUCGCGAGCACGUCGCCACCGAAGUGCGCCCUCACGUAGAAGAACUCUGUCGACGAGCUACCGCCGAAAUCGCACGUCAAGAUCGACGCGCAGCCGCACUCAAGAACAGAAACGAGGCCCUCCAGCAGCGAAUCCAAAACAUGCGCUUGAUCGAUCUACACCAGGCCAAACUCAACCACACCGCUUCAGCAGGCGAGGAAAGGGAACACGAAGAGACCGAAGAACAACUGCAGAUCAAGAGAGACAUCGACGAGCACACGGCAAAGUUGGACAAGCUGCGAAGGAGGAAGGAAGCCUUGUUGGCCACGGCGGAUAAGCUCGAGAGCGAGAAUCAGGGUCAGAUUUAG